AUGGCAUGGGGUUGGCGGUCUAAUCCAUCUACUCCAGAAGAAGUUACCGAAUUAUUUGGGUUGUUAAAUGAUAUUCAUGACUUUGUUUGGCGUGGCGGUGAAGAUGAUUGGAAAUGGAAAUUCGACAAAGACGGCUUGUUCUCUGUAUCUUCGGUUAAAAAGCUUCUGUCCAGCAACAAUAUGGGAGAUCCAAACUCGAGUUUUAAGUGUUUUAAGUGGAAAGGAUGGAUGCCUCUCAAGUGUAAAAUUAUGGUAUGGAGGGACGCUCGUAACCGUCUGCCGACUAUUGCGGAGCUGAUAAAACGAGGAGUCUCCAUCCAGCAUUGCUGCUGCAGUUUUUGCGACGAAGUUAUGGAGAUAACUCUUCAUCUUUUCACCGGUUGUAUGUUCUCCCAAGAAGUUUGGUUCCGUAUCGAAGCUUGGUGUCGUAUUCAGCAUGGUUGUAUUUUUGAUAUCUCAUAUCUCCUUCAACUUCUGGAGCGUAAUGCUAGCUCUAAAGAAUCGAGGCACACUUUAAGAGGGAUCGUGUAUGCUACUUUUUGGGUGUUAUGGAAUGAGCGCAAUGAUCGGAUUUUCAACAAGAAGAGGCGUAAACCUUGCGAGGUUGUAGAGAUUGUCAAAGCUUACGACGAAGCUAGAAGAAUGGGUAGAUGGGACAAGAAGAGAGAAUGUUACACAAAUCGUAAAGGAAAUCCAGUGGCAGAUUCGAGAAGUGUAAAUUUUAACGAUCUACUUGAGGUGAUUCCUACUUCUGUAGAACUUUACUCGAAGAAAUUUGUGGAUAAAACUUAUAUCCCAAACAUGGAAAAACGAAUCAGUGAAGUAAUGCUUGCUAGUUUGAGAAAGAGAGACGAAGAAAGACUUCAGAAAAAUGUUGAAAAGAUGGUAGAUGAGUUGAAGAAAAAUGCAGAGGAAGACAAUGGUGAAAAUGAACAAAAGGUUAACGAGCUGCAGAAGACAGCAGGAGAAGCUGGUGAAGAAAGUCAGAAAAAGACUGAUGAGAAGCUGAAAAAACAAGUAGAAGAAGCUGUCGCUGAAAAACAGCAGUAUAUUGAAGAGGUUGCUGAACUUAAACGUAAAAUGGAUGAGUUAGAACAAGAUAAUAACAAAUUGCACAGUUAUCAUGCUUCUUCAUAUGUUCUUGAACGUAUUUUCAAUAUAAAACUGGAUGAUAAAGAUUCUGAAAGAAACACGAAGGGAAUUGGUUCAGAAUAUAAUCAGGUUCCACCACUGUUUGAGAAAAAUUUUACAUUCUAUGAUGACGAGAAGCUGGAAAAAGCUUUCAACAUGGUUGAUCAAUUGCUAUAA